AUGCCUUGGGAGGCGGAUCAGAUCUUAAACGCCCUCCUCGAAGACCAGAUCGAGAGCGUCCGGAACAAAAGCGAGCUGACCAAGGCCCAGUGCGAGUCGCUCUGCGAGAAGGCCCGCGAGGUCCUGCAGGAGGAGUCCAACUGUCAGCCGGUGAGGUGCCCCGUAACGGUGUGCGGCGACAUCCACGGCCAGUUCUUGGACUUGAAGGAGCUCUUCUGCAUCGGCGGGUGCCCUCCGGAGACGAACUACCUCUUCCUGGGCGACUACGUCGACCGCGGCUACUACUCGGUCAAGACGGUGUCGCUCAUGUUCCUCUACAAGACGCGCUACAAGGAGCGCUUCACCGUGCUCCGCGGGAACCACGAGAGCAGGCAGAUCACGCAGGUGUACGGCUUCUUCGACGAGUGCAUGCAGACGUAUAGUUGCGCGGACGUGUGGAAGAUGUUCACCGACACCUUCGACUACCUGCCGGUGACGGCAGUGAUCGAGAAUCAGAUCAUAUGCAUGCACGGGGGGCUGUCGCCGUCGCUCGACUCCCUGGACAACAUCCGCCAGCUGGACCGGAUCCAGGAGGUGCCCCACGAGGGGCCCAUGUGCGACCUGUUGUGGUCGGACCCGGACGACAGGUGCGGGUGGGGCAUCUCCCCGCGCGGCGCCGGGUACACGUUCGGGCAGGAUAUCUCAGAGCAGUUCAACCAUGCCAACGGGCUCAAACUCAUCGCCCGGGCGCACCAGCUCGUGAUGGAGGGUUACAACUGGGGCCACGACCGCAACACCGUGACGAUUUUCUCGGCGCCGAACUACUGCUACCGGUGCGGGAACCAGGCCGCAGUGAUGGAGAUCGACGAGCACCUGCAGUAUACGUUCCUGCAGUUCGACCCUCCCCCGCACCAGAAGGAGCCGACAACGCAGGGGCGCUCGCCAGAUUAUUUCCUGUGA